GCUAACCCGCAGCAGUAAAAAAAAAAACCUCGAAUCUCUCUGAGCUCGUCUCUGUGUAUCAAUUCUUCCGUUGAAAAAUGUCACAAACGACGGAACCACCGAUCCUCCGACGAAGGAAGAAUGAUCUCCCAGAUGACAUCGUACUCAACAUCCUGACAUGGCUGCCUGCCAAAUCACUCAUAAGAUUCAGGUGCGUUUGCAAACCCUGGAACUCCUCAUUCACCACCCCCAAUUUCAUCUCAACUCACCUUAAUAACUUCGCUCAUGCUCAUGAUAAUGAUAAUGGUGAUGGUUAUAUCAUACACAUGCCGCGUCAUACACGCGCCAUGAAUUCUUCUAACAGACCCAUCUGUACGGUCGCUUUGGACCGCACCUUUGAUAGGAUUUUCGACAUUGAAGUUCCCUUUGAUUUACCUUCUGGGUUGUCCAAAAUAGUCGGUUCCUGCAAUGGGUUGUUGUGUCUCGCUACUUCGACUAAUGUUAUAUAUUUGUGGAACCCCAGUGUAAGAAAAUUCAAGAGGUUGCCUGAUUCUGGCUUAAGAAUUACGGGUUUUGUUAAACUCGGAUUUGCUUAUCAUUCGGAGAACAAUGACUACAAGGUUUUGAAGAUUUUGAGUUAUCCUUGGAUAGGAUUGAAUUUGACUCAGGUGUACUCAUUAAGUUCGGAUUCAUGGAGAAGGGUUGGGAUGUCAUUGAGAGCCAAUGUUAAGGCAUCGGAUGAUAGUUUUCUUUCGCUAGCUCCAUUGGUUAGUGGAGCUUUGCACUGGAUGUCACGUGUCGUAGAAGGAGAAGAGGAGCGUAAGGUUGAAGUGAUUAUGUCAUUUGAUGUCAAUAGUGAGGAAUUUAGAAUGUUAAGAAUGCCUGAUGGUGCUAUGUCAAUAGUGAGAUUUCAGACACGUCUUGCAUCAUUCAAGGGGAAACUGGCUUUCCUUACAUUUGGACAAAGUGAACAACGUGGUGCCUACCAAUACUCCAUCUGGGUGAUGAGGGAGUAUGGCGUGCUUGAGUCUUGGAAUAAACUUUUUGUUGUACCACUUGAGAGAUUCUCUGUUUGCAUUGCCUUCACUAUGUGUGGUUCACUUUUGACUCACUGCCAUGAGACCAACAAUCAAGAAGAGAAGUUUGUUUUAGUUGACACCAAAACUCUACAUGAGAAGGAUUUUGAUAUCCAGCAACCUUUAAGUGUAGCUACCUUCAUGGAGAGCCUUACUUUACUUGAUGGAGCGAACAUGGUGUCUUACUAAGUGGUUGGUGGCAUGCAUAUUAUAAGUGAAGUCCCUAGUGGUAUUGGACUAUGGUUGUUUUUGAUUUGUUUACGGCAAAUUAAAGCAUGAAAUAGUGUCUGGGAAGUGGUAACUAGGUUCUAUGUAGGCAUUUUUGAGUAAGUAUUUUGAUAUGAUAUGAAACUCAAAAUAUUUGUUCUUGACCUUUUAUCCUUUUGUAAUCCCCUUGAUAGAGUGGUGCGUUAGUCUAGUUGAUGGUGUUUGAGUUACUUUAGCAACAAAAUCAACUUACUUGCCUAGAAUGAUGUCAUUUGAUGCCAAUGGAGAGAAAUUCAGAGAGAUAGCAGUCCCUGAAGAAAUUAUUCGGUCAUCCCAUUGGAUCACACUACCUCUUGCUGUUGUAGAUGACUUGCAAGUAGAACAUCUUGAAUUGUACAAGGAAAAUUUGGCUUUGAUUGUUUGGGUGACGAGAUAGUAUGGUCUGCAUGAAUCAUAAUCAUAGAAUAAACAUCUUUUUUUGUGCAAUUGGAAAAUGUUCUAGACUUUUUCCGGUUGCACCAGGCUUAGUGUACUUUUGGUUUGAAGAGCAGGUCCUUGCCUAGGCUGGCGAGAAAAAUUUAAAUUUAUCACUCUCUCAUGUAUUUUCCUGACUAAUUGGGCUGAUCAUAACACAAAUGAAAAGGGAAUUUGCAAAAAAUUGGAUAAUUAUUCUGUGUGUAUUGACUUAUUGGAUCCUGAAACUCUACAUGAGAAGGAUCUUGGUAUUCUAGCUUUUCCAGCUUUGCCUGCUACUUUUGUGGAGAGGAUUGCGUUACUUGAUGUAAAAAAUAUGCUAUUUGGAUAAGUGUCAUUAUUUGCAACUCAAGCUGUGAUUGAGGAAUGCUGAAUGCUCCUUUUCUUUUGCAGAAGGCAUGAAAGUAAUGGUCUAAUGUGGAAGGGAAAAAUUAUCCAUGGCUUCAUAUAAGAUUUAAGAAUUGUGAUCUUGCAUGUCAAU